GGUGGAAGGAGGAAUUAGGACGAGUUUGUCCCGGGCCGCCCUGGGGUCUGCUUAGAGAGGCCUACGCCGCUCACUUCCGCCGCGGCCUCGGGGCCUCCCGGAACGGCCAGGUCCAGAGGCCGCUCCGGCGAAAUAUUGUAAGGGCGCUUCCGCGGGGUCGUUUAGGUUUCAUCCUGUGCUCCCCUCUUCAAAAGCCUCCAAAGCAGCCUUCGUGAUUUUUCUUCGAGAGGUGUUCUAAGGACACUUUCACCUUCCUGAGGAAAAGAUAGAGGCAGAAAGGAUAAUGGCUGAGUGUUUGAGAAGUUGUUCUCGGGACUCAGUGACCUUUGCUGAUGUAGCUGUGGACUUCACCCAGGAAGAGUGGACUUUACUGGACCCCUUUCAGAGAAAGCUAUACAGAGAUGUGAUGCUGGAGAACUACAAGAACCUGACCACAGCAGGGUAUCAAUCAUUGAAACCCACUCUGAUCUCUUGGUUGGAACAAGAUGAUUUGAGGACAGUGGAAAGAAGAGGAGUCCUCCAAGGCUCAGCAAUUCAGCAGGAUAAUCUUGGGGGAGAAACAUCUGUUGGGAUGGAAACAGUAACAUUGGCAAGAAUCCACAAUGGAUGGAAACUCUGUAAUUGUGAGCAAUAUAGGAAAGACUUCAGUGAACACUUGAGCCUUAGGACAGGCAGGAGAACUCAAAAUGGAGGCAACACUUACGAGCAUAAUGAGUAUGGAAAAAGCUUCCUUACUCUGCAGAAGAAAACCUCUACGGUUGCGAAGCAUUUUGUGUUUAAUCACUGUGGAAAAGCCAUCAUCCUGACUCCAAAUAUUGUGGACGGGAAAACCAGCGUGGGAGAGAAAGCCUUGGAAUGCAGUGAUGUUUUGGUGAUGGAGACGUGGCUUCCUGGAAGAGGCAGAACAGUAGUGGCCAGGCUGGGUGGAAAGACAGAAAAGCAUCUGGAAUCCAGUAAUGAAAGCUCUUCCCCAGACAUUUGCCCAUGUUUGGGGCAAGAAGAGGGAACAAGGAUACCUGCUGUCCUACUUCUUAAUGAGGCUCAACAUUCUUAGUUCCGUUCAUGGUAUUGUUUGGAUACUCUUCACAGUCUUUAUCACCUGUCUCAGCUUUGGUUCCCCA